UCCACACUGAUUUUCGCAGUAUGAUAUCAGUCUAUGCUCUCAAACUUCUUUUAAAGGGUUGGGAAUAUAGCUCAGGGAUAAGGUACUGCUUAGGUUAUAAAAGGCCCUGGUUCAACCAACUGGUACAACGACAACAAAAAGUCAAAAGGAGAUGGAUGACCUAGAUUCUACUGUAUGAAAUACGAGGGGGCAUGCAAGGAGAAGGUGUUGGGCCCGAGUGGGGGAUGGGAGUUCUUUAUUCUAUGAUGCAAUGGUGAUCUCAGGACAAACUGCCACUAGGCUGAAGAAAAUGCCCUGGCUGCUUGAAGAUCUGCUUGGGACCACAGAAGACAUGGGAUUCCUCUGGGGCCCACUAACACAAGCUCUAGCCUGCAGCCACUGUGGCCACUGCUGCCUCCACAGUCCAGGGUACCUGGUGGUACUUUUCUUAUUCGCUAUUUGGCAGAUUCAAAGAUGGCAACAGUGUGAGUCCUGGUGCUCUGGGGACAUGACGACAGUCAAGGGCCUGCCACUUCUGUAUGAUUUUGCUUUCUUCAGCCAUCUGCAGAAGCGAAAGUCCAAGGAGAAAGAAAAAAGAAAAGAGGGGCAAGGUGAGAGAGCCCAGUCAUCAUCUCUGGAUCCGGUGAAACCGUGCUGUCCUCCCAAAGAUGCUCCCAGGGGCGAUGGAAGCAGUGCAGGCCCGCCCCAGCCACCCUGUGGUUCUGAGAGCCUCUCAAAGGCCCCAGGGACAGCAUCGCAAACACUCUCACAGCCCUCAGGCUCCUUCGGCUCCUCCCCCGCCUUCCAGAUCCCUACCACCUUACCUGUCAGAAACAGGAAUGCACCAGAGAGCCGCCUGCAACACAGAAAAAGCCAGUUUUUCUAUGGUCCCCCCUCUCAGCACAGUGAGUCCCUGGAGACUAUCUUUCUGGGCUCAGACAGCUGCUCUCCCCUGAAGUUAUCUCUCUCUUCCGUCUUCAACAAGCCUCUUUGCCUGCCCAGGUACAAUCUCUUGUUUCUCCGCUACUGCUCCCCAACACAGCUUCCUACCCGUGAAGCCCACACUAGGGAAGACCUGGGAGGGAUGACCCCUGAUGCUCAGCUAGUUCGGCCUUCAUCUCCCUCUCCUGUCCCACCUGCAUCUCUCCGUCACAAGCCCUUGCCUGUGGACUACCAUGCAGACCUAUCUGGUGGUGAGGCAGACAAACCGGGGCUUACACAGGAGAGAGAGGUUCUUUGGGAGUCUGAUGAUCAAGCCCUGCACCCACAGCCGGAACUCCAAGGAAUCAGAGCCUCGAAGUGCUUGUCUUUAUCAGAGGCCUGCAGUGGAGAGGUAUGGCACCCCAGACUCCAUCAACAUAAUCCAGAAUCAUCCUCUAUCUCCCCGCUGAAUCCUUCUAGUCCUCUGGGAGUCCUGGCCAGGUUUGAGUCCCCACUGAGAACAAUGAAACAAAAUAAGCACCCAAAAGACUCUGAGCCAGCAAUGCCAGCUCCCAGUGCAAGCCCAGCUUUUCUACCAGAGCUCCGGAGAGUCAGCCCUAUAGGAGCCCUAUCUGGGUCUGAGGACCUCGGGGAAGGGGAAACCAGAGAACAAAAGGGGGAUCGUCAGCUCUCUGAGCCCCUGAUCCUGGCCCCUCACCAAGCCACAGUAUUCGUGAUGGAGCCUCGAGGAUCUAGUCCCCCCAACAUUCUAGCUGGGGAUGAAGCUCAGUGGGAAAUCACCGGAUGUAAAAAAAGACCCCAAGUUUCUGAACCCUCAGUUCUAGCCCCCUGCCAACCUCCAGCUUCUCUGUCAGAACCCCCGAAAGUCAGCCCUACAGGAGGACGUUCUGCUCCUAAGAACUUCCAGGAAGACAUGGGAUACAGAGAUACACCUCAGGUUAAAUCUGCAGUGCCAGCCCUCUACUCUCCCCCAGCCUCUUCCUCAAAAUUCCAGGAAAGGAAUCCCCCGGCAGAUUCACUUGGGUCCGAGCCCCAGUGGGGACACAGAGGAAACCCAGGAAAUCCCCAUGCCGCUGAGCUCCUCUCCUUGGACCUCAAUCCAGAACUCUAUGAAACCAGCCCUGUGUGUGUCCCAUCAGGAUCUGAGACUCCAAGGAAGGGCAUGCAGAGUAGAGAAGAUCUUGGGGUCUCUGCUGACUUAGUUUCAUCUUCCAGGCUUGCUAGCCUUCCCUCAGCCUCUCUGCGGCAGUCUCAGGAAAUGGGCCCCCAGAGGCUCCUGUCAGAGUCCAAAGCUUUGUGGGACACCAAGGGGCAGAAAAUGCACUUCCGGCUGCCUGAUUCCUCAGAGACAACUCAGAGAACACCUCUAGUCCCCCCUGUAGAACAACACAGAACUAAUACUGUGGGUGGCCUCCCUAGAUUAGAAACUACAGGGAAGGACUUUGAAGAUUCGAGGAAUUCCAAGGCUUCUGAGCCCCCAUCUGUGGCCCUCAGCCCAUCCCCUGUUCUUGUACUUGAACCUCCCAAAGUCAGGGUUCUGUCUGAUGAAGCCACAUGUGGAAAUAUACAAAGAAAAAAGAGCUCGUGGGUCUCCCAGCUCCCAGCUCCCAGCUUACUCCAAGACCUACAUGGAGCAACGCCUCUGGUUGUAUCUGACUCUGAGCCUGUCACAGGAGACAUGGAACAGAAAGAAAAUGACUGUGUCCCUGUGUCUCCAGUUGAAGGUCCCAGCUCACUUGCAAACUCUGUUACAGAGUCUCACAUAAACGAGACUUUUGGAGACAAGCCUGCCAGGGAAGGAGCAGAGCCAAGAGGGAAAUAUCAGGCCGCUGAACUCUCAGCUCCCAGCUCACUUUCUGCUUCUCUACCAGAGCCACACACUGACCUUAAAUUUUUGUAUAAAAAUGUGCAGCAAAACGAGGUCCCCUGGGUCCCUGGUCUUCCCAUAGGAGAUCUCCUACACCCAGUAUCCUGGCCUCCCAUCCUAGAUGAUGUUCUCGGGAUUGAGCCUGCCCAACAUGCCCUACAGGAAGGAGAAAUGUUUGCAGGGGCUAGGGCAGAGGCCCCAUCUUCCCAGGCUCAGGCCAUCCCAGUGGUGCUCACCCACCCUGAGGUCCCCACCUGGCAAUGGAGUAGGGAGCUGGAGCACAAACUGAAGAAACUGAAGCAGAACCCCGCUUUCAGAUCCCCUGGCCCGAGUCAACCAGCUUGCAGCUUCGAUCCCCUGAGUUCCACUCACCUAGACCCCCGCAGACUCCUUCCUUGGGCGCUGCAGAAAACCCACCCUCCCAAUCCGCACCUCCACUCUUCACAUCGUCAUCCCCUGAAUGCUCAGCUCAGAGCACCUCAGCCUGUCCAAGCCUCCCCUUGUCAUCACUUCCUCUCCUCUCAGGUGCCUCAGCCAGAAGCUUCUCACCAGGCAGAGCCAAGGUCUCACAAAGAGGAGAGAACAAAAGAGAAGGUGGUGGCUCAAAUCCCAUCCCACAUGCUAGGUUUUCACAAAAAGGCUGGUGAGAAGUGUCCAGAGGCGGGCAAGGCCUCGUACACUGAGGUUCCGGCCUCAGGCAAGAGACAAAACAAGCCUUUGGUCCUAUCUUUGACCAAAAAAAAAGAGAGUCCCAGAAAACCCAAAGCAACAGAAGGUUCACAAGGGAAGGCAAGACUGGGCUCACCCACAGUCAUGGGAAAGAGCCACAGGGAUCAGGCCCGGAGACCAGCAGAGGCCUCUAUGAGCACACUUCCUUGCAGGUCUCAGCAGCAGGCCCGGCCCUCUCAACACACUGCCCUUUCCCAGCCGCUUUUCAAGGCUGCCGGUGCUGAGGAGCAGAGAAGGGCAGGGCUGGUGCCUGGUGCCAUCAAGAACCCUCAGCAGAGGGUGCACUGCAAGCACUGCCCAUGGGCCCGCAUGGAGAGGCACCUCCCAACUGCUUCCCCACAGGCUCCCGUCACCAGGGAUCUCUGAAGGGUGUCAGCCAAGUUUCUGGGUCAUCAUGGAGCCUGCCAACAAAUUCCAGUCAGUUAGAGAAAAGUCUGGUAGCACUGACACUCGGUACCUCAUGACAUCAAGCUAAACCAGGUAGAAGAAGGGAGGAAGGAGAAAAUCCUAAUAAACCAGGUGAUUUACACAA